AAUCAACAAUAAUAACAAAUCAUCAACAACAAAUUGUAUUAAACAACCAAAAAUGUUAAUAAAUUUAUCGAUUAUUGAUAAUAAUAUUAUUAAUUAUGGUGAAACAUUUAUUGAUUUGAAAGUUGGUUCAAAUCUUACAUUGACCUGUAUAUCGGAUGUGAUUGUAUCGGAAAUGUUGAAUAAUAAUAAUGAUAAUGAUAGUAUGACGGAAAUAAGCUGGAUUCUACCCGAAUUUCAUCCGUAUUAUGAUACAAUUUUACCGGAAUAUAUUCAAAUUGAAGAAAGAUUUUUCCGUAAUCAAAGUGGAAAAUAUUUUGAAAGUCGUUUGAAUGUAAAUGGUGUUGAAAUAAAUGAUGUUGGUUAUUAUACAUGUACAUAUAGAAAAUAUAUACAUCUUAUUCAUGAUGAAUUAAUGGCUAUACAUAGUUCAACAAAUACUAUUUAUCUUUUUGUAACCGAUUAUGAAAAUUUAUUUGUUAAAUCAGUACCGGUUAUGAUGGCCAUUUAUGGUCGACCCGGUGAAAUCAAUUGUAGACCAACAUCAUCAUUAGCAAUGAUUGAAUUAUUUUCGGUUGAUGGAUCAACACGUAAACAUUAUUCAAUUUCAUAUAAACAAAUUGAUUAUGAAUGGACUAAUUCAUCAUUAUCAUCAUUUUCCACAUCGAUGGUCAUCUAUAAUUCUCGUCGUGGUUUUUUAUUAUCAAAUAUAACUAAUGAUCAUUAUAUUUGUCGUAUACAUCUUUCUAGAUUUGAAUCAAAUCAUUCCGCAAUAAAUAUAACAUCCGAUGAUAAUAUUAUUAUACAUUAUACAAAUGGUGUUGAUUAUGCAACCAAACCAAUUAUUAAUUAUGAUAAUUUUCCAUAUACAUUUAUCGGACAAUCAUAUCGAUUAAGUUGUUUAACAGAAAAAUCACAUUCAAGUCAAAUUUUUAUUAAAUGGAAUUUUGUUAAUCAAGCUUGUUAUGAGCAAAAUUUAAUGAAUAUUAAUUCAUCAUCAUCAUCAUCAUCAUCGUUGUCGACAAUGAUCAAAAUCAGUGAUGUAGAAACUAUUGUUCAAAGUAAAGGAAAAGAAAAAGUACGACAAAAUAUAACAUUCCUGAAUGUUGAUCGUCGAUAUAAUAAUGCUAAAAUUGAAUGUAUCAUAACCGAUGUAUCAUUGGCACGUAAAAUUGAAUCAUUUACAUUAAAAAUCUAUGAUGAACCAUUAUUGAAAAUUAUUCCAUUAUCACAACCAUUUCAAAUUUAUCGUUGUAAUUCUGAAUGGCAUUAUGAAGUAGAUAUAAUUGCUAUACCCGAUGAUAUUGAUUUGAUUCGUUUAAAUUGGUACAAACCGAAUGUUUUGAAUCGAUCAAUCAAUUAUGGUGAUACACGUAUUUUUCUAUCAAAACAAUAUUCAUCAAAAAUUAUUGUACCCAAUAAUAAUAAUAAUGAAAACAUGAGUAUUUUCGUUAAUCCUAAUCGUAUGAUUCGUGCAAGUAUUGGUAUCAAAAAUUUAUCACCAUCUGAUAGUGGUAAUUAUCUACUUAUUGUUGAUCUUAUGAAUGGUCUCGUUCAACAAAAUCAAUCAAUUGAAUUGAAGGUUCUUGAUUGUCAUAUAAGCGAUUUAGAUGAUAAUUAUAUCGUAUAUAUUUUAACCAUUGCUGCCAUUAUAUUUAUAAUGUUAUUAUUUAUAUUUUUACUUGUAAAUCGUAUACGUAUUGAAAAAAAAGCUAAACAAGAAUUAGAAAUUUUAAGCAUUAAUCUAUUACAAUCGAAUGUUAUUAAUAAUAAUAAUAAUGAAAAUAAUGGUAAAUCUAUUGUUAAGAAUUUUGAUCCAAAUAUACCAAUACAUAAACAAAUUGAUUUAAUACGAUAUGAUCAUCGUUGGGAAAUACAAUUAGAAAAUAUUGAUUUUGAUUAUCAAACAUUAUUGGGACAAGGUGCAUUCGGUAAAGUAUAUAAAGCAAUUGCAUAUGGUUUGCAUAAAAAUCGUACACUUGCAUAUAAUAUGAUGAUCAAUGGUAUUGAUUCGAAUGAUUUAGAAAAUGAUGAUAAUGAAAAUUCUUGUGCAACAAUUGUUGCCGUUAAAAUGCUUAAAAAUUCAGCAACAAUGGAACAAUUAAAAGCACUUUCAAUUGAAUUAAAAAUUAUGAAUUUUAUUGGUCAUCAUAUUAAUAUUGUUAAUCUAUUUGGUGCUUGUACAUCAAGAUUAAUUAAAGGUGAACUUUAUGUUAUAAUGGAAUAUUGUCAUUAUGGAAAUUUACAACAUUUUUUGCAAACAAAUCGUGAUAUUUUUAUUGUUAUUAAUUAUGAUAAUGAUGUGGAAAAUAAUAAUAAUAAUGAUGAUGAAUACAAUAAUCGAAUAUCAUUUAUGUGGAAUGAAAAAUUUAAUAAUAAUAAUAAUAAUAAAGAUGAUGACAGAAUUUCUUGGAUUGCAAAGAAAUUCAAUAUCAACAACAACCAGCCUCAGCAACAACAACAACAACAACAACAAUCACAACAAGAUUCAAAUUUUCCUUGGCGACAAUCAUGGUUGGAAAUGAAAUCUUAUCCAAAUAAUUAUCUAAAUAAUAACAAAAAUCAUCAUAAUAAUAAUAAUGAAUGGAAAACAUUAUCGACAAAAGAUUUACUUAGUUUUGCAUAUCAAACAGCAAAAGGAAUGGAUUAUUUGACUAGUAAAAAGGUAAUCCAUCGAGAUUUAGCUGCACGUAAUGUUCUUCUAUGUCGAAAUGGUAUUGUAAAAAUCUGUGAUUUUGGUCUUGCACAUGAUGGUGGUAGUGAUGAUGAUGAUGAUGAUCAUCGUGAAAGAUUAGGUAAAAUUGGUCAACAUAAUCGUAAUAAUGAUCCUGUUGAAAAAUAUCAAGAACGUUUGCCAGUUAAAUGGAUGGUAAGCAAUCGAAUCAUUAUUGGAAAGAAAAUUCGAUACAAAAUCCGAUGUAUGGUCAUUUGGUAUUUUUCUUUGGGAAUUAUUUACACUUGGUAUGGCACCAUAUACUGGAAUAAAUUUUGAUGCAAAAUUUUUGAAUA